UUCAUCAGCCAUGUUAGUGUGGAGUUGAAGCAGUUAGUGCCAUGCCGCUUCUCAUUUCAUCUGGUGUUAAUCCACUUCUAUCAUCUUCUCAAAGCUAAGCAUAGGCUGGAUAUAAUUCAUUCACAUUUGGAUUCAGUUUUUUAUUCUCUGCUACCAGGAAGAUAAAAUAUGUGAUAUUUGCUGCAUCAUUUAAUUUUGUUAUUUGAUUGUAUGAUGGGAUUAUGUGAGUGAGUGCAAACUUGAGAUGAGGAUCGAGGAUGUAACCAGACUUGGAAUACUUCAUCUCUAGCAGGACAUUACAAGCUGAGCUGAUCAUACUCAAAUAUAUUUAUUGAACUGUCUUACAUCUCAAAGAAUGGAGAGAAUUUGUUGGAAAGCUUGGAUGUGUGUUUUUCUUGGACUCCAAGUAUGUUGUGGAUAUGGAGCCUUCAUAGACUACAAGGCAGCAUCAUCAUCACAUGGAGAUGAGCGUUGGACGGAGUGGAGUAGAUGGAGUGAAUGCUCAAGAACAUGUGGAGGAGGAGCAUCAUAUCAAACAAGACAAUGUAACACUGGUCAUACCUGUAUGGGAAGAUAUAUCAGAUAUAAGACAUGUAACACACAGGAAUGUUCCGAUGAGGAGUUGGAUUUCAGAUCACAGCAGUGUGCAGCAUAUAAUGAUGAGAAGUAUGAAAACAGAACAAUAGAAUGGGAACCAGUAGAAUCAUCCUCAUUACAAGAGAUGUGCUCACUGGUAUGCAGAGUCAAGCAUCACAACUUUACUAAGAUGCUGGCACCAAAAGUACUGGAUGGGACUAGAUGUAACAAAUAUACAGUAGAUAUGUGUAUUGCUGGAAAGUGUGAGUCUGUUGGAUGUGACCAUGAAUUCAACUCGACUGCAGUUUUUGAUAGAUGUAGGGUGUGUAAUGGAGAUAAUACAACAUGUCAAUUAAUGAAGGGACGCAGAGUGGUUGAUCCAAGACAGUCAGGUCUGCAAGAUGUGAUGUUGAUCCCUACUGGCAGUCACACCAUCAAGUUAUCAAGUAAAGAUCUUGGCAGUACUCUUGGGAUCCAUGAGAUGGGUGAGACGAAGGGUCUCAACGAGGUAGCAGGCCCUGCAGAAGAUACCAAGUAUUGGGUUGGUGGAGCACUAGCUUACUACAGGAGAUUCAGAAGCGGUAGAGAACAGAUACUCAUUGAUAACACCAUCAAAAAGGAUCUUGUGGUAACGGUGUUUUUAUCAGACAGCAGACGAACACGAGAGAAGCUUCAUUACCAGUACUUGUAUCCACUGACUAAUAUCUGGAAGAAUAGAGGAUGGUCAACUUGUUCAGCUUCAUGUGGAGGGGGUAAGCACUAUCGCUAUUUAUAACCUACAACUUUCUAUUAUCACAACCUAUAUAAAGUACUGAAGUGUGAUGUCAUUAUGCCAAAGUUGUCAAGGUUGCUGGUUCCAAACGAUUUUGUGCUAAACAAUGGCGUGGUGAUCCGGUACACCAGCACCAAACAUUGAAUUUACAC